AUGGUCAAACUGGAGGAACUGAAGCGCAGUCCAUAUUUUGGAAUGGGCAGAGUUUGCUUCACAGAUUAUGUUGCCAAGCAGCCACCAGCCUGGAAGGAUGUGAAAAAAUCCACACCUCAAAAAUCUGGGAAGAGGAAGGCUGAGGAAUCACCAGUGCCACUCGGAAAAGGAGAUAAAGCAAAGGUUGUUAUGUUCACUAGAAAGAGAAUAGGACUAGACAGCCUGGACACUCUUACUCUGAAUGGACAAGAAAUUAGCUUAAAAUCAGAAGUAAAAUACUUAGGUAUUAUCUUGGAUAGUAAGCUAAAAUGGAAAUCACAUGUUGAGUCAAGAAUCAAAAAAGCAAUGACCCCAUUGUGGACUUGCAGCAGAGCCUUGGGAAAGACAUGGGGUCUUAAACCAAGAGUUAUGUAUUGGUUGUACACGUCAGUGAUUAAACCUAUGAUAUUGUACGGUGCCCUGGUCUGGUGGACCAGAACAGCACUCAUUACAGCUAGGAAAGAACUUAGUCGCAUACAGAGAAUGGCUGCUAUUGCCAUCACUGGAGCAUUAAGAACUACACCAACGGUCGCAUUAGAGGCACUAAUUGGAUUGCCUCCUCUGCAUCUAGAGGUGAAAGCUCACGCCAAAGCUACAGCACUAAGAUUCCACAACUUAGGUAUGUGGACUUUGGAGAGUGAUACAACAGAACAUGGUAAAAUACUAAAAGAGAUAGACAAGGGCUUUUUAGAAUACCCCUUGGACUAUAUCAAACCGGUUCUUAAGAAUAACAUUCCCUACAAAGUGGAGAUCACUACACGUAUAGAAUGGAAUAUUAACCACCUGACUGACAAAGGAGGAUUUGUGAUAUAUACAGAUGGAUCCAAAAAAUCAGGAAAGGUAGGUGCUGGAAUUUGGGGCUUAAAGCCACGAAUAAAUGUCAGUAUGUCAUUGGGCACAACACCCUCUGUUUUCCAAGCAGAGGUGAUGGCGAUACUGGUAGAGGCUCAGAACCUGCUGGUACACAAAAAUAGGAAGAUAACUAUCUUAAGUGAUAGUCAAGCGGCUUUGAAGGCACUCUGUAACGAUCAGGUGAAUUCAAAGCUGGUCCUCGAAUGCAGGGAAACUUUAGAAUCACUAUCGCGGUUCACCAAAGUUACACUAGCGUGGGUACCGGGACACAACGGUUUAACUGGAAAUGAGAAUGCUGACUUUCUCUGCUGA